GUGUCAAAUUGAAAACACCCUGGAGUUUUAAUUUCAAAAUCAUCAUAAUUGAAAAGGAAAAGGAGGACUUUGUUGUAUUGUUCAACAAGGAUAGGAAGGACUUUCUCCUUUGAGUCAGAAUGAAUCUGGUGGAAGAAUGGGUGCUGGAGAACAGGAGCAAGAUCGAGAAAGGAGUGGAAAUCAUGGGGCAGGGGUGUGAGGUUUUAGCAGCCACCGUGGGACAACUGCACCCCAUCCUGGAGGCCGUGUUCAUGGUCUCAGCCGAGCUCCUCAGCAACCCGGAGGGUAAAGAGGCCAAAUACCUCACCGAGCAAUUCGAGAAGAUCAACCAGAAACUCGAAGGCAUCCAAAAUGAAAUCGACAAAAUAGGUUUGGAGAUGCAGCGGAUGUCCAUAAACAAGCAAAACUUUGACUGGGAGGCGCAGAUGGUCAGCCAGUAUGAGAAGUUUCAAGACUUUGUCAAUGCUAAGCCCAAGUUCAAGGCUAAAAAGAGGGAGAAGUUUCUGAGCCAAUACGAGAAUACGGGUGCAGAUCUGAACAUCGAUUCCUUGUACAACUCAGUAAUCGGAGAAAACACCUCUGGAGAUCCCAUGCUGGACACGGUGGUCACCACAGAGCAGCGGAGCAGAAGGGCGGUGGAAGAGUUUUGCGCCAGGCUAAAGAAGCUGUUCGUUGUGGGAAUUAUAGCAGUCAUGGGUCACGCUGCCCUGAAGGAGGGAGCUGUAGGCGAAGCCAUGGUCAAGAAAUGGCAGGAUCGCAUGGAAGAGGUCGAGAAACGCAUGAAGGCAGCUGUGGACGAAUGCAUCGAGAAUUACCCAGAGCAGGCUGAGAUGGAUGUGAAGCAGCAACUUGGGGAGCGUCAAGACUCGGUUGACCCAGAAUUCACUGCAUGUAUACUGGACAUCUUGGCCAAGAAAUACGACUGGGUGUGUUGGUCGGUUCGGGUCUUCAACCACAGUGGCUGGUUCUUCUGGAACUGGCUCGCGGGCAAACCGUACCACGGAAGGGGAGGAAGUGGCAACUUUUUUGAUAUUCUGACCAAAAACGGCAUCAGAAUCGUUGUGUCGUUCAGUGCAGACCCGAAACCGAUCAACAAGAACCAGGUGCUUGAACAGAUUGAAACUCAGAAGUUAAAGGGUAACAUGAUGUCUGUGGCUCAGACCCUGUGCGACUCUCUUCCCAACACCGUGGUUUAUACCGUAAGCCGCUAUAAGAACGUAGAGGAGAAAAACAACUUUCAGCCAGAAUGCUACUACUUUGGGAUUCACAAAAAUGCAUAUUUCUGCAUUCAUUCUGAAUAGAUGUGUGAAGACUGGAAACAUACAAAUGGCUAUCAGUCUUCAAUAUAUUUCUGUUAUCAAAAGUAUGAUUGUAUUAAACUGCACAGCAUUAGAUAAGACAAAAAUCCUGGGAAUUCUCGCAGAAACUUUAUUUUGUUGCGUACCUGCGACAUGCCUGUGACAUUAACGCAUUCAUCAUACAUAAAUUAUGUAAAAUGGUCAUUAGAUGUUUUUUUAUCAGUUGGUCUACAACAGAUUUGAAAAAGCCAUUUGUGGCUAACAAGAAAGUGGCUGGGUGCAUUAUAAUGGCAUUUAUUGUUAGCCAUGGUGUUUACAAUCAGAAAGCAUAUCAGUUAAACUUGAGAAUGUAGGGCUUUACUGAAAUAUAUAUAGUCUAAUCACAAAAUAAUAGAAAAUAAUCUACAAUUUUGUUUCAAACAAUCACUAGCAACCCAAAUAUCAUGGGGACUUCAUAAUGUACCAUAUGACCAUAGUUUCUGCUAAAGCAGAAACUGUAACUACAAUGAAACACAUAAUUUGGUAUUAUCCUACUGACAUAAAAGACUCAAAUUCAACAAAGUGAUAGUUAUUUUCUGCAGUUUGAUACUAUACAGCAGUUACAAUAACGCCCUACAAAAAUUAUCCAUGGUUUUACUACAGUUAAACAGGUUUUCUAAAACCAAAGUUACACCAUAGUUACUGUAGUAAAACCAUAGUUUUGCUAAUAGUAAUCAAUACAUCAAAAACUAUGGUUACUACACUUUUACCACAAAAAAAACAUGGUUAAUUUUUGUAAGGGCACCCUUAUCAAAUAUAACUAUAGUUGUAUUAUGGUAAAGGACAGUAGCCUAUAGCAACCAUGUUUUGGAUAACUGAUUAUUAUGUUUAUUAUCAUACCCGUAGUUUUACCACACAUCAAGGUUACUCUUUUGUUUUUUGGGUGUAUUGAUUGCUAUUGGCAAAACCAUGUGAUGGAUCAUACCUUAGAUCCUCACGUGCAGAAUGUUUUUAUUAUUGUGUUCUUUAGUUUAUUCCUAAUCAUUAAUUUACAUAAUCAUCAUAAUCAUUUUGUAAUCAUUAGUUAUCCAUAUGAUUGUUUAUUUGAUUAUUCAAUAUUAUUUUUAUUAUUAUCAAUUUCAUUAUUAUCUUUUUUAUCAUUAUAUUAUGAUUGUUCAUUUAUAUUGUUUAUUAAUUCAUUCAUUAUAUUUGUAUAUUUUAUAUGUCUUAUUAAUUUCAUUGUUGUUCAAUCUCAUAUUUGUGAAGUUGAGCUGUCAUGUCUGUGUAAACAGAGAUAGAUAAAGAGAAUGUUUAUGAAAGCUCAAGGUUUAUGGGAUGUUGCUAUUAAGCAGUUUUGGUAUAACAGUGCAUGUUGAGUUCAUGCUGGUUAGACAAAGUUUGAA